AUGAUGAUAUUUUCAUUGCUUAUAUCUAUAACUAUAGCAUGCAAGUAAAUUAUUUGAAUAGAGUAGUUCAAUAAAUAAAUCUGAGUCUAUAAAUUUGGAGAAUGGAAAGAAAUAAGAAUUGUGUUUUAAGGUGAAUACAAAUUUGCCGACAAUAGUUUAAUUAGUUAAGUAUGAAGAUGAAGAUUCAAAUAAAAAAAAGAAAAAAGGAAAGAGUAAUAAAGAAGAAUAGGAAGAUGAUGAAAAUAUAUUAAUAUACGGUAUAGAUAGUUGAUAAUAAAAUUUAGAGGAGGUUGUUAUGGAAUAAUGUAAAUUGAAAUAAGGACAAAGAGUUUGUUAUUUUGAAAAAGGUAAGGAUAGAUUGGAAGUUGAUUUAAAAUGUACAAAGGGACCAUGUAAAUUCAAUGUAGUGGUAAUGCAAGAGGAAACAUAGAAAUUGCAGAUUGGGAAACAAUAAAAAACAAAAUUAAAAUUAUUGUCAUUAGAAUAGAAUUCAAAUUAUAGAGUAGUAUAUUCAAUAAAAUGUAAUUAAUGUGUAAUGAAAUUUGUUGAUACUGAUCUCUAUUUUUAUGGAGUAUAGCCAACAAUAAUAUAAAGUGAAUCAAGGUUUACAGUUGUAUUUUAUGAUGGAAUAUAGAGUGAAUCAAUAAUGAUUUUGAUAGGGGAAUAAGAAUUUAAGAUACAAAGAUAUGAAUAUGGAAAAUAAUUUACAAUAAAUGUAGAUUAAGUUUUUGUCGAUGCAAUAAUUAAAUCAAAACAGAAUGAAUAUAUAAUUCAAGGUCAAAAAGUGAUAAAACUUUAGAUACCUGCUUAUGUUGAUGUUUAAUUGAAGAUUAAAGUAAAAAAUCAAGAUGGCGAUAUUGUAAUAAAUCAAUCAAUUGAUACAUAUUAAAUUGAAAAUUAUAAUUUAUUAUGGGAUGAAAGUUUUAAUAGUAUCGAACUAAGUGCCAAUAAAAAGAUUAGUUAUUAGAUAUAAGUAAAAGAAAGGAGUGAAUUCAUUACAAUUGAAGAUAAAAACUUGGCUAUGGGUAUAUAUUAAGGAAUUGUAAAUUACAAAAUGAAGUUACUUUAAACUGAAGAUAAUCAUUUUGUAGUAUCAGCAGAUAGUAGUGAAGAUAUCUCAGUAAUGGCUAAACCAUGUAAAGGUAGUAAGUGUGAAGCAAUUGAAAAAAUAAGAAAUGGAGAAUCAUAUCAAUCAGUAGAAUAGAACUGUGAGAAUCCAGAUAAUCAAAAUUAUUGUUGGUUUGUUAUUGCUGUUGAUAGUAAAGGAUUAUAUAGUCUAAAUAUUGAUUUCAAUCAUUAAGCAAUAAUUAUAACAGAAAAUCAAAUGAUAAAUUUAGAAAUAGAUGAUGAAUAAAAACAUCAUUUCAAAUUUAAUUUAGCUAAUUCAUAAAAUUAUAGUUCUGUUAUUUUUAGAGUUACUUCUGAGAAUGUUUAAAUGCUAGUCAGUAGAGCAUCUAAAUGUUCAUUAGUUAAUUGGAAAUGCUAUGAAUAUAGUGGAACUAGUGAAUAACCAAUUAAUUUAAGUGAAUCUCAAUUAAAAGAUGGACAAUAUUCUAUAACUAUUGAAGGAAUGGAAUUAGCUAAAUAUGGUUUAAUUAUAGAAACUCAUCCUAAAGAUAAGAUAAAUCUUAUCAAUAUCAAGAAAGGAUAAACUUACAAAUCAUCUAUUAAUUCUAAUUAAAAAAAACAAUGCUUUAAAUUUGAAUAAAAAACAAAUAGUGUUUUAACACUUUUAGUUCAUGGACCAAAUUAAAAACUUGUUAGUUAUGCUAAUAUUGAUACUGAUGAUGAAAUUCCAACUAAAACAGAUAAUGAUGUGAUUACUGGUAAUUCGGCAUUGCAAUUAGUUAGCGAUAGAUUUAUUGCAUGUGUUGAAUUAUAAGUUUAAAAUUAUUAGAAUAAUAUUACUAAUGAAACUUUUUAUUAUGAUAUAAAUUUUUAGCUCAUUUUAUAUGAUGCUAAAUCUGUCAUAGAUUUAGAGUUUAACUCUGCUUAUUAUGGAUAAGUAGCAUUUACAGAGUAGUAGAGAUUUUCUUUUUUAAGUUACUAUGAUGAAGAUAUUGUCUAUGUUACUAAAAAUAUUUUAUCAAGUGGGGAUGUUAAUAAAGAUUUAUAGGUGUACAUAGGAAAUAUGUUAUAUGAUAAUUUGGAGCAAUAUGAAUAUAAAUUCUUUGAUAAUGAAGUUAGUACAUUUUUACUAUCAAGUGAAAAAAUGAAGAAACUCUGUGAUAUAAAAGAAGAUAAAGUAGUUAAUUUUGAACAUGAUCGAAUUAAUCAUUAAUGUGAAAUCUUUAUAGUUGUAAAAAGCAUAUCAAAGACUCCAAUUAGAUUUACAUUAACAAUUCAUAAAUAAGAUCUGGCUAUAUAAUUAAUUGAUGGAUUACAACAAUCAUACAAUUUAUAAAUUAUUGAAGAAUUUAUGCAUUUUUAUUAUCAACCUAAUUCUAAAUCUAUUGAUAUAAAUUUAUUUGCAUCUACUUUUUAUGGUAAAUUUGUUUUACAUUUAAACAUAUGGAAAUUAAACAAGAUUUCACAUAAAUCUGAUUGGCCUUUUAUUGAUAAAACAGAUGAUUCAGAUAUAUCAAGUGGAUCAACCAAUUAAAUUCAUAGAGCUAUUAAAUCAACAGCCUUGGAUUAAUGUUGGCCAGAUUGUAUAUUAUUGAUAUCUGUAUAAAGGCUUGAAGAUCCUUAAUUAAGUGUGUAUACUUUUAAUGAUCAAUUCCACAUUAUGAUAAAUUAGGGUAUGUAAGAUGUAAUUGAAGGUUAAAAAUAUGAAGUUUCAAUUAAAAGUUAAGAGUGCACAUAUUUCACAUUUAAAAACUUAUAAAAGUUUAGAGAUGAUGCUUAUUUGACCUUUUCUUUAUUAUAAUUAAUUGGAAAUGGAUAUUUUGCAAUUACUGUUAAUGGUGGUGAAAAAUUUGAAUAUCCUAGUUUAGAUGGAUCUUAUGAUUUUCAUGCUGAUGGAAGUUAUCUUUAAUUGUCAAAAGAUAAUUUAAAUGCAAAACUCAAAGAAAAAGAAAUUUCGAUCUAAGAUGCUUAUUUGAUUAUAUCAAUAUAUGGAUUACAAAGUCAUUAUAGUCCUGUUAAUUAAUCAAUUAAAUUAGAAUUUACCAUCUCUUAUAUGAAUAUGGAUUACAUUCAAAUUAUGCAUAGUCAACCUAAUACAAUACAUGCUAAAUAUCAAUAACCAACUAUUGUUUAGUUUUAUAAUUAUCUUAAUCAAGAUAUAUUUUUUAAGUUACAUAGAUUUAUAGGAUAUGGCACUAUGUCUAUUUUUAUUUGCAAUCAAUAAAGUAAUAUUGCUGAAUGUGUUAAAGAUAGUAAUGAUGCUGAAUUCAAGUAUCUUGAUAGAGUUUUAGCAGCUGGAAAUGAGAAUUCAUAAAUUUUAAUUUAAUCAACAGACAAAAAGAAAUUCUGUAUCUAUUGCACUUAUAUAAUUAAAAUUGAAUCUGAAGCCAAUGAAUUAUAAGGAUAAUUAACAGUAGUGUUGGAUAAUGAUUUUGUCAAACUAUCAGCUGGAGUUUAAUAUAGUGAUUAUGUAGAAAAGAAGAGUUCUUCCUAAUUUUCUAUUUAUUUUACUGAAGAUAGCAAUGUUUAAAUAUUUAUCUAAAUAUUCACAGGAGAUCCCAUUGUCUAAUAUUCAUUCAAUCAAAAUGAUUUAAAUUCAAGUAAAUAGUUUAAGGCAUAACCAAAUGAAAAUUAUAUUCAUAUUAAUGUUCUGAGUAGACAGUUAUUGGAUAAUGUUCAAGAUGUUGCUUUUGCAUUUAAAAAUAAAUCUAAAAUUUAAGAAGAAGAACAAUUUGGUUUAUAAUCAUCUCAUUUUAUACAUGAUGAAUUAUUUGUUAAAGUAUCUACUAAAUCAAAUGACUCCUGUAAUUACACAAUCUCUUAUAUGAGUGAUUAUAUCAAUGCAAAAUUAUAAGAUGGUAGAAUUCAUUUAGCCAUAAUUUAAAAAAAUCUCACAUUUUUAUAUGAAAAUUAUGACGAAUAGAUUUCUGUACUUAAUAUAUCACCUUUGAAUUAAACAUCUUUAUAAGACAUCGAAAUUAAAGUUUUUUAUAUUAAAAAAUAAACAUUUGGUGAUUAUCACUUAGAAGAUUUCAAUGAGGUGGAACUUAAAACUAGAUUGAUACAUCCUAUCUCUAGUAGUUAUGAAUUACCUAAAGAUAAAGGAAUUUAUGAAAUUAUUUUGAUAAACAAGAAAUAUGUUGAAAAUGGUGGAGGAACGAAUCCAACUUAAUUCAUUGAAAUUAGUGCUUCAACCAAUGAUAUAAGAAUAUUGCCAAUCGAAAGACAUCAUAGUGGAUAUAUCCAACCAAAUGAAAUUGAUUAUUAUGAGACUUAUGCUCCUUCAAAAGGAUAUUUAGCAAUAGAACUUUAUUCAUGCUCAUCUAAUAUAAACUUUAGUUACUCCAAAGAGGACAUGAAUUCUUUUAUUGGUGAAGAUUAUGAUGAAUCUGUUGAUAUAUCAGAAAAGGACUAUUUAGUUGAAAUGAUGUCAGUAGAUAAAGGAACUUUAUGGAUUGCUAUAAAAGGAACUUCUACAACACCUGCAUAUUAUCAUAUUACAAAUCAUUACUAUUAACAACGUAAAGACAUUCCAUUUGGCAAAAUAGUUGCUGGUAAUGAUGGUCAUAUUAAAUGGCAUUUAGAUAAAUCAAAAUCUGAUUCUAUUAAUAUUGAAUUUGAACAUGCUACAUGUAACAAAUGCAAUUUAGAUGGUGUUUAAAUCAAUUAUCAUAUAUUUAUUGCCUAAGAUGAAAAGAAACUAUAAAUGCUAGGUUAUUGUGCUAAUGAACAAUAUGAAGAACAUCAGGCUAAUGAUGAAAAAAUAUUUAAAAAAAUAAUUCAAUCUUAUCGUCUAGCUGAUCAUAAUGGAAGUAUUAUUUAUGAAAUUGACUUUCCUAAUUUAUAAACAUAUGAAUAUGCUUCAGUUGGAGUUGUUGCGACUGUUGAUAAUUUUAUGAAGUAUUUCUUUAUUCUAAAAUAGUUCUACUUCUUAAAUGAAAGUAUAUUAUAGAACCAUACAAGUACCAGUGCCAAAUUAUUUUGCUAAAUUCUUAAACCAUAACAGAACACUUUUUACAUUUUUGAUAUUAGGUCUGCUUUUGUUAUUAGCUUUAUUGACUCUCUGGUUAUGCUAUUAUAUAAAACGGUAAAUAAAAUAAUUUAUAAAACUUAGAUAUAGGAAUACAAAAUACAAGUUAGAUUUUUAAUUAGAAUAGGGAGCUAAAAUUAUAGCUUCAAGUAAGUUGCCCUAGAAUGAUGAUGCAGCCUUCUAAAAUGAUUUUAAAAUGAAAUACUAGACUUUCGAGGAGGAUUGAUUAUUUAAUAAUUAUAAUCAAA